CAUUUGGUCGCAGUUUGGUGUUGUGUUUUGGCAUGUCAAGUUUUUGGCGCCGUUGCCGGGGAUCCUAGGUUAUUGUAGAAACGUGAAAGUCUGUUACUUUAGUAUUUACUUUUAUGAAAGUCUAGAUAUAAGUGAAGAUUCUGAGAUGCCACUCAUACUAUGACGCCAUUUCCUUGCCACCGCCAACGCGUUAAUUGAUGUAAAUGAGGGAACUUUGAUUCUGAGGGACAGUGAGGAGAGAAUUACUCUUGGAAUUGAACCUAAGCCUAGAAGUGAGGAUGUGAAGGAAGUGGAAUCGAAUGAUAUGAAUGCAAGUGGAGGAGAACCUUUCAAGGUAAACCCCACUAUUACUAAUGUUCCUUGUGGUGAUGUGAAACAGGAAAGCAAGGAGGGCAUCUCGUCCAAAGAAGGAAGGAAAAGAGCUUGGAGGGAAAGGAUGAAUCAUGCUAAUGCCCAGAGGAAGGAAAAGGGAAAAGCGAAAGUCAUCGGCCAAGAAGGCCAUCCCAUGGAGUUUAAGUUGGGAUGCGACAUGCCUCGCCCCGAGAUCAUGGCGGAUCCACUCGGUGGCAGCACUUUCAAAGGCGUGAUAGAUCCGCAACCAUCAAACUAAUGACGAUAACUUAGCGCUUGUUUGGAGGCAACCCAACGGAGGUUUAUUUUCUUUUCCUUUUAUUUUUUAUUUAUUUUUGUGUCAAGUGUAGAGUUCAAGUGGUUGAGUGGUAUCCCCGUGCCAGUCUUUUUGAUUGUGUGUGUUUCAGUUGUGUCGUGAUCUAUAGUAGGCACGGUGGAGUAGGCUGAGUCAAAAUUUUUUGGAAAUGCCCUGUUUCACUGCAAUUCACGGUCUUAAUCGACCAUGAACUGCCAAACGCAUCAGUGAACCAGGGUGUUCCGCGUUUUGCAAAACUUUCCGUCUUAACCCCAGUUCAUGGUCCACGAAUUAUGUUAACAGUCUUAGCGACCGUGAACCUCAGCGUCAGCCUAUAAAAGGGUCGUGAAUGUCUUAUCUUCAUUUCACAAUCCAAACUCGCCAGAAAAUCGUGAUUUUCCAACAAAGUUUGCCAUUUUCACCGCCCUUCGGCCACCAAAAUCAAAAAGCAAUCACAGACCCAAUAUCCCCUCGUCAGGGGUCUUCACUGAGAUUUUUCGGGAGAUUUGGAGUCGAUUUUUUCCGAUGAAGUCACCAUCGGCGAGCCUCUGACGAGUCACCGGUGAGCUUCCGACGACACCUCUCUAGCCUGUUAUUGUGAAAAUUUUUGCCUCCCUCGCCCUGCCAUCACUUCCCCUACGAUCCUACUUGAGUCUCCAGAUUUGUUUUCGACUUUACCUUUGUCAAUUGCGGAGAAUCGGAUUAGGGAGUAACGUGAGGAGAACUUAGUGAAUUGAAUGUUGAACUUAGAAAUAGGGCGACGAAUUAGUUGACUUGUGGUGCAUGUAUGUUGAAUGUGUUUGAACGAGCUUAAUUGCGCUUUGGUGGCCAUAAUUUAGGACAAAUUGUUUUCAAAUGUGAAAUUUGCCCACCAUGUGUAAAAAUUAUGAAUGGAUGUGGAAUUUCUAUGUUUGACUGGUGGAUGGUAGCCACCGUGGCAUGGUUCAGGUUUGAUUUUUGUGUGGAUAAUAAGUGGAACACCUAGAA